AUGAGGUUAGGUUUGUAUACCCUGCGCAACUAUAUUGUUUUAUCCCAGGACGGUGACGAUGGUGAUGAUUAUUAUUCAUCUGUAGCGGGUUUGGAAAAACUUUUAAAUACCGAACAAAUUUUAUUAGCCGAUUUAAAAUAUUACAUUGAAACAACAAAACAAAGUAUUGAAGUGUUGGAAAAAGAAUUAUUAAAAAUAGAAACAGAACACCAAACGGCUGCCAACGAUGUUGAAAAUUAUCUAACGAAUCCUGUCAAUGCUUAUCGAUUAAUCAAAAGGUUAUUCAAUGAUUGGCACAAAUAUGAAAGCCACUUGGAAAAUGCCAAAGGUAUCAAAUAUCAUUUGGAACAAUGGAAGCUGAGGAAGAGUCACUUACAUUUUCCAAGUCAAGUUGAUUUCGAAGAAUCGGCACUGGCAUUGGUGCGUUUGCAGCAAACCUAUAAUUUGGAUGUAGAACAGGUGGCAUCGGGUAUUCUCAAUGGUAUUAAAUAUGGCAAUGACAUGUCCUGGUCGGAUUGUUUACUGUUGGGCCAACAACUGAUAAAUGUCAAAGCAUUUAAUCAAACCAAAGACUGGAUAAAUGAAUCAAUGAAACGUUAUAGCAUGGAAGAGGACGUGGUAUCGGACUCAACUGAAUCCACAUUGGACUUCAUGGAGAAAUUGGGUGAAAAUCUAUUGAAAACUGGCGAUACAACAGCUGCAUUGGAAGUUUUUCGUGCAGUGGUGUUGAAGGACCCUCAUCGUUUAAAUGUCGUAUCGGCAAUAUAUAAUAAUACUUACUUGUUGCCAGAAGCCUAUGAGGAAGAAAGGGAAUAUCACCGUACCGAAGAAUUUAAGCUUUACGAAAAAGUGUGUCGUGAAGAAGUAACCCGCUCGCCGAGCGAAGAACGUGAUUUACGCUGCCGCUACUAUUGGGGUGUGGACAAUGCCUUUGUCCUCUCACCAUUUAAGCUAGAAGAAAUAAAUGAAGAUCCAUAUGUAAUGUUGCUGCAUGAUAUGGUCACAGAUCAGCAAAUUGCAACCAUCAAAGAAAUUGCAAUGCCUGAAAUGAGACGUUCUACGGUGCGUGAUGAUAGUCGUGGUGGUUCAAAGCGACGCAAUUAUCGUAUAUCGAAAAAUGCCUGGGUAGAAUAUACCCGUCAUCCACAUAUAGAAAAAUUACUGCGCGAUUUACAUUAUGCCACCGGUUUGGAAACACAAUUCAGUGAAGAAUUACAAGUGGCUAACUACGGUUUGGGUGGUCACUAUGAACCACAUGUGGACUUUUAUUUGACCGGUGUUACAGAGGAGUAUACAAAUCGCAUAUCCACCUCCAUUUUCUACUUAUCUGAUGUGGAACAAGGUGGCGCCACUGCAUUCCCAUAUUUGAAGAUAGCCAUUAAACCGACCAAAGGCAGCGUAUUGUUCUGGUUCAACUUGCAUCGUUCAUUGGAUGGUGAUUAUCGGACCAAACAUGCGGGUUGUCCUGUACUCAAAGGUUCCAAGUGGAUUGGUAAUGUCUGGACACAUGACCGUACACAAUUUGCCAUACGACCAUGUGGUCUAUAUCGUGACUAUGAAAGUUCUUGGGAGUAUAUGAUGGUCAAAUGAAAUUUGCUACG